GCGAGCCCCGAGCGCCUUGGACCAAUCCAAAGCGAUUAUGCAAGACGGCGGACCAAUCAGCUCCGCCAGCUCAUGAAUAUUCAUAGACUUGGCUGAGUCAAAGCUUUUAGGCGAGUUUGUGUAGAUGUACAGCAUCAUGCUUAGACUUUUCAAAGAGACAAACUCCAUUUUCUUAUGAAUGGAAAGUGAAAAACCCUGUUCCGCUUAAAUUGGGUUCUUUCCUGUCCUGAGAAACACAACAGACCCCAAAAAGGCAAGCUGAAGAGAGAACACACACACAGACCAAGCGACAAGAAAUGACCAUGACUACCAUGCCAGAGAGUCUAAAUAGCCCCGUCUCAGGGAAGGCUGUCUUUAUGGAGUUUGGGCCGCCCAGCCAGCAAAUGUCUCCUUCUCCCAUGUCCCACGGACACUAUUCCAUGCACUGUUUACACUCCGCGGGCCACUCUCAGCCUGACAGCUCGUACAGCACAGCUUCGUCCUUCUCCCGACCGCUGGGCUACCCCUAUGUCAACUCGGUCAGCAGCCACUCGACCAACCCCUACAUCAGUUCAGUGCAGUCCUACCCCAACAGCUCCAGCCUGACUCAGACCCGGUUAGAGGAGACAGGGGCCGAAUCGGAGAAAAGCACUGUGGUAGAAGGAGGGGAAGUUCGCUUUAAUGGAAAAGGGAAAAAAAUACGCAAACCCAGGACUAUUUAUUCCAGUUUGCAGCUGCAGGCUUUGAACAGGAGGUUCCAGCAAACUCAGUACCUGGCUCUCCCCGAAAGAGCCGAGCUCGCAGCGUCUCUGGGACUCACCCAGACCCAGGUGAAGAUUUGGUUUCAGAACAAGCGCUCCAAAUUCAAGAAGCUGAUGAAGCAAGGAGGGGCCGCCCUGGAGAGCAGUGCCUUGACCAACGGCAGGGCUCUCUCGGGCAGCUCGCCACCGGUGCCCCCGGUGUGGAAUACCACCUCCGCCUCCGGUAAGGCCUCGUCGGGGACCCCGGGCACCUACAUCCCCAGCUACACGUCGUGGUAUCCUUCGGCCCACCAAGAAGCUAUGCAGCAGCCGCAGCUGAUGUGAUUAUAAAUCUGUUUUCCCCUACUGCAAGCACUAUCGGUCCCGAAAAGAAUUGAAAUUAUUACGGGGAAAACAAACAAACAAACAAACAAACAAACACACACACACACACACACACAAAACAACAAAAAAAAAUAGAUAAAAUAAAAGGAAAGGGAUAAAAAAAAGAAAAAAAAAAAAAAAGAGGGGAGAGAUGAGAGUGAGAGAGGAAAGCCACAAAAGACACCCAAGCGAACAAACAAGCAGGAGGUCUCUUGCCCAGCCGGCGGGCGGGCGCGGCGCGGCGCGGAGCGGGGCAGCGCAGGUGCGGUGCGGGCCGGCUCCCAGCGCGGCAGCUGCCGGGGCGGCCCCGGGCGCCGCGCAACAGCCUGGGAGCAGCGGCCGCGGCUGUGUGGGACAAUCGGAAAAAGAUGUUUGGGGGGGGGGAAGCCCUCUCCUCUGUCCUGUCUGUCUGUCUGUGUCUGUUGAAAUGUAGGUCAUUGAUUUACUACCCCGAUCUGACGGUCUCUUCGAUUGCAAGGGGGAAGGAAGCUGUAGAAUUUCCAGAGCUUCUUUCCCUCGACAUUUUCUGUACUUUUCACUCUCCAUCUGUAUAUUUUUUGUUGUUGUUAAAAGGGGAAGACAGGGGUUUUAUUUAUUGAUUUAAAUUACCACUAUGAGAGUGCUAGAAACGAAACGGACAAUCCGGCUUGCUGAGUGCACUGCUCGGACGCACGGUUUGCUUUCAACAAAACCAUGCACGGCCCCCCGGCCCCGGCCCCCCCGAGAAAUCACUACAGGAGAAGGAUGCGAUUUUUAACUUUUACAGUAACUUUUAUACUUCGCUGGUGUGGAGAGGUUUGGCCCGAAUAGAUUUGCAUUUCUCGCGUAUUUAACAAAGGAAAUAAACGCACAUCAUUGUUUGCUACUCCGGAGUGGAAUCGCAGCAGCUGCCGAGCGCUUUGCCGCGGUGAGGCGAGGCGCGGAGGACGGAACGAGAGCCCCGAGGGCGGCGGCGGGGGCCGGGGGGGGGGGGACCCGGCGGGCGGGCGGCCGCACCCGCGCAGCUCCGCGCAGCCCCGGCGAGGCUUCCCCGCGGAAAGCCGGCCCGAAGUCGAAAUGCACAAACCGACGUGCAGGAGCUACUCACUGUACAUAUCUUAUUCUUAAUUAUUAUUAUUAUUGUUCUGUAAACAUGUUGCACAAAUUUAGCCUUUUUUAAUUAUUAUUAAUUAUUAUUAUUUCCGUUCUGUUUCGUGUGGCUGUAAAACAUGAUGCUUUGUGUACUGAGAUCUUGACAUUUUACUUGUGAAAUUCGGAAGAUGUGAUAAACUGAGCUCGGCUGUGUUUAGUGUUCUAUAUGUCAAAGUUUAGUUUUAUAUUGAGAAUGUUAACUUAUUGCUUUGUAUCUGGGAAAGGAAAGGAAAAAAAUCACACAAAUCUUUGUACAUAAGUUAUAAAGUUUCUUUGAGACAGUAAAACUAUGGUUUGGAAAAA